AUGGAAACUCGGCCGUGCGAGAGCGAGUGCUUGGGAACUGAGGAUGGUAAGUUUGUUAAGGUGGCUCCAUUGUAAGAAUUUUUUUAGAUAUAUUAACAGUUACAUACAAUUCAAUUUUUGUGUUAAACCACAGUUAAACUUGUAGAUGAAUUGGAAGACUCGAGUAAAACGCACAAUUCAAUGGAUAAGCACAAAACAGUUAAAUUUAACAAGUCACCACAUUCAACGAAAGCUAGUAAAAAAUCAGACGAUACGAAUGACUAUUUAGACGACAAUGAUGAUGAUGAUGAUGAUACCGAUAAUGAUGAUGAUGAUGACGACGAUAAUUCAAGCAAUAAUUCCGAAGAUGAACCGAAAAAAAACAAUGGCGGCAAAAAUACGAACCAAGCAGAUGAGAGCGACUCUGCUAGCAACCCCAGCUAUGAAUCUACCGAUAAGGGCAAAGAAGUGUUUAAAAACUCUUAUGCCAAACCGUCAGAUCAUUUGGUACAAUACCAGGGCAUAGGAAAAAAUCCUAUUGCCAAAUUUGCAAAACCAACACAAAUGGUUGGUGAUGGUUUGGGUAAAACUCAAUCUGGAAGUCUUGUAUUAAAAUCAACCAGUGAUAUGAUUAAAUCUGAUGGUGAAAUGGCCAAUGAUGGUCCAGUUAUGUCUCAAUCAAAAACUGCUAAUACUGUUAGCGAGGCUAGCACAAAUAUUGCAUUCGGGAACAAAGCAGGAAACUCUGAAUUGAGUUCAAACAGUGUUUUGGUAAAUGGCGACAAGUUUGCAAAGGGGAAUGGGGAUUUGUCUACGACAAACAGUGAUAUUUCUGAAAAUGGCGAUACGAUGAAGCAAUCGGUGUCCAGGUUCAGCCAAGGAACAACAGAUAUACAACCUGGAAACACCAAUGUAAACAAUGAGCAGAGUGACAAGUCUGCACUGGGGUAUGGUCUGUCGGGUUUACCUAAGACCAGCACUUCUGGUGUUGGUGGUAUGAUGAAGCAAUCUACAUUAAGCCAAGGUGGUAAACCAAAAGAGACUACUGACCAGAGCGCUGGUGUAGCAAAUGGUUCCACAAUGGUGAAUCAUUUGUCAGGCAUAUCAAAUACUCAGACUUCUGAUGCCGGCGUGAAGGAACCAAGUACCUCAGACAGCGAGUUGGGUGACGCAGAGGAGAAUGAUGAGGACGGAAAUGACGAGGAUUUAUCGGGAGGUAAAUCCACAAUGGAAAACGAUAUUUCAGAUACAUCAAAGAGCGAGACCUCUAGUAAUGUCCAUAACGUGAAAGAAUCAAGUGAAGAUGCCACAGAUACGAAGCCAGGUACCACGGGAGAGAACGUUGAUAAAAAAGCAGGUCCAUCAAACGAAUAUGACAAGUCUAUAAUGGACAAUGAUUCGUCAGAUGCUUCAGACAGCGAGACUUCUGAUAAUGGUGCUCACAUGAAGGAAGUAAAUCAAGGUGUUGGGAAGACGCAACCUGGUACAAUGGUCAAAAGUGAUGAGUCAAGUUCUUCUGGUGCAAAGAACGAUCUACCGACUACACAACAAAUGAAAGCUGUAAGUAAGAAUGAAUGUUUAAAAAAUUAAAUUAUCAUCGGCAGCGUCUUUCCCUUUCUGUUCUAACCCGGCUAAAAACGAUCAGAUUGUUGCAAUAUUGAUGGAAAUAGGAUUGAACAAUGUUUUGCUGCCCACAUUGUUCACAGUUGUCAACAAUAUUGAAUAACAUUGUUACACCCGAUUCAGGCUCAACAAUAUUGUUGUUGAUAAGUGUGAACAACGUAGGCAGCAAAACAUUGUUCAAUCCUGUUAAACAGUGGGCUCAGCGUUUUUACGCGUGUAGUAGUGCUUGCGUACGGGCAUAACGAGGCUUUAACUUUGUGUCAAUGAAGAUUUAUGUUUGAAAAUGGAGUUUAAUUAAAAGGCUAACAUCUAACCAUUUUUAUCACAGGCUCAAGAUCUGCUGCGCUCCAGGUGGUUGUCGCUCGCCAAGAGUGGUAGCUUGAAACCUACUCCGACCAAACAAUCAGACGACUCAUCCAAACCAGUGGUGGAUGUCUCUUUGAAGGAUGAGAGCGAGGAGGAUUUUGAAGAUAAAGAUUUGGAGAACGACCAGAGCGCAAACGCUGAUGCAGCGAAGGGCUCUACAGUGGAGAAUCAUUUAUCAGAUAUAUCAAAUACCCAGACGUCUGAUUCCAACAGCUUGAAGGAAGCAAGUGCCGCAGAGAGCGAGUUGGGUGACAGAGAGGAGGAGGAUGACGACAAUGACGCAAGUGACGAUGAACAGAAAGUGAAUGCAGAGAAAGUGAAUGCAGAGAAAGUGAAUGAACAGAAAGUGAAUGAACAGAAAGUGAACGCAGGGGAAGUGAAUGAACAGAAAGUGAAUGAACAGAAAGUGAACGCAGGGGAAGUGAAUGCAGAGAAAGUGAAUGCAGAGAAAGUGAAUGCAGGGGAAGUGAAGGGACAGAAAGUGGAUGCAGGGGAAGUGAUUGAACAGAAAGUGAAUGCAGGGAAAAUGAAUGAACAGAAAGUGAACGGAGAGAAAGGGAAUGGAGAGAAAGAGAAUGGAGAGCAAGUGGAUGAUGGACAAGUGGAUGAGCAAACAACGGAUGAAUGGAAACAGGAAGAACGGGCAAGAAAUGUGUAGGAAACAGAAGACAGACUAAAUGACCAAACAACUGAAGGAAAAAAUCAAGAAGGACGCAAUGAGAAUGGAGAAGAUAUUCAAAUGAACGGUAA